CCCCAUAUCCCCCUUGGCACCCACUGUUUAAAUACAGGCUAGAACAGGGCUCCAUCUCGCCAGUCUCAGUCACCACCCAGCUCUGGGACAACGAAUUGAAAAUGACACCUUCCAUCUCAUGGGGGCUCCUGCUUCUGGCAGGCCUGUGUUGCCUGGUCCCCAGCUUCCUGGCUGAGGAUGCCCAGGAGACAGACACCUCCCAGCCAGAACAAAACCCAGCCUCACAUGGGAUCGCUCCAAACCUGGCGAACUUUGCCUUCAGCCUAUACCGGGAGCUGGUCCAUCAGUCCAAUACUUCCAACAUCUUCUUCUCUCCCGUGAGCAUCGCCACAGCCUUUGCUAUGCUCUCCCUGGGGAGCAAGGGCGACACUCACUCACAGAUUCUAGAGGGCCUGGAGUUCAACCUCACACAAACACCGGAGGCUGACAUCCACAAAGCCUUCCAUCACCUCCUCCAAACCCUCAACAGGCCAGACAAUGAGCUGCAGCUGAACACAGGCAAUGGCCUCUUUGUCGACAACAAGCUGAAGCUGGUGGAGAAGUUUCUGGAAGAGGUCAAGAACCAUUACCACUCAGAAGCCUUCUCCGUCAACUUUGCAGACUCAGAAGAGGCCAAGAAAGUGAUUAAUAAUUUUGUGGAGAAGGGGACCCAAGGCAAGAUUGUUGAUUUGGUGAAGGACCUGAACCAAGACACGCUUUUCGCUCUGGUGAAUUACAUUUUCUUUAGAGGCAAGUGGAAGAAGCCAUUCGACUCAGAGCACACUACGGAAGCUGACUUCCACGUGGACCAGUCCACCAAGGUGAAGGUGCCCAUGAUGAACCGCCUGGGCAUGUUUGACGUGCACCAUUGCAGCACGCUGUCCAGCUGGGUGCUGCUGAUGGAUUACCGGGGCAACGCCACCGCCAUCUUCCUCCUGCCCGAUGAGGGCAAGAUGCAGCAUCUGGAGCAAACUCUUACCCAGGAGCACAUCUGUAAGAUCCUGCUAAACAGGCACACAAGGUCAGCCAAUCUCCACUUUCCCAAACUGUCCAUCUCUGGAACGUAUAACUUGAAGACACUCCUGAGCCCACUGGGCAUCACCAAGGUCUUCAACAAUGGGGCUGACCUCUCUGGAAUCACAGAGGAUGCUCCCUUGAAGCUCGGCCAGGCUGUGCAUAAAGCUGUACUCACCAUCGAUGAGACAGGAACGGAGGCUGCAGGAGCCACAGUCUUGGAAGCCAUCCCUAUGUCUGUGCCCCCUGACGUGACCUUCAACAGACCUUUUGUUGCCAUAAUAUUUGACACGCACACUCAGAGCCCCCUCUUUGUGGGAAAAGUGAUGAAUCCCACACACUAGUCACCAUUCUCAGAAGUCAUCCUCCCUUCUGGGUUGGGUCCCCUUCCCAGUGACAUUAAACGCAGGCUGGCCUGGCCCAUGCCUGAUGCUACUGCA